CAUUCGUUUCCCACAUUAACUCUAAUAAUUCUCUCACCAUUCAUUUACCACAUAACUUUUAGAACUCUCUCACCACUCUCUUAACUCUUACAAUACACCAUAUCCACAAAUAUCUAUUUCUCUCCAUUUCCAUUCAAACCUUAACCAAACAUUGCUUAAAAAUUAAUUUUGUUAUGAACUUUAGUCCUUGGAGAUUGAAGAUUGAAGAUUGGAAUCAUAUUUAGAGCUCUUCCUCAUACAUAUUUGUUUUAUUCUUCUAAAUUUUUAUAAGUGAAGAAGGUGAAACUUCAGUCUCUAUGCAAACAGUAUGAGAAUCUCAACAUGGAGGACAAUGAGAAGAUACCUGAUUACAUCUCUAGAGUGAUUAUGAUAACCAAUAAGAUGAAAUCUUAUGGAGAAACUUUGUCAGAACAAGUAAUCAUUGAGAAGGUAAUGAGAUCUCUUACUCCUCAAUUUGAUUACAUUGUUGUAGAAAUUGAAUGUUCUAAAGACCUAAGAACCAUGAGGAUUAAAGAGUUGCAGAGCAGUGAGGCCCAAGAAUUUCAUCUGAGUGAGAGAACCUUUGAAAGAGGGGUAGAGCAUGCUCUGAAGGCGUCUUUUGGGAAGAAGAGUCAGAAGCAAUCUCGGUCAGAAGCCAAGAAGAGACAUGGUGGUGAUUUUCAGAAGUCAGAAGCAUCCAAUUUUAUUGAGAAGAAACAUCAAAAGGGAAAGGAUAUGUUUGACAAGAAGAAGGUUCAACGUUACCGUUGUAAGAAGUUUGGCCACUUUGCUGCUGACUGUUGGUCAAACAAGGAAAGAAAAUCAGAAGAAGAAAACAUAGCCAGAAGAGAUUCUGAUGAUGAACCUGUGCUAUUGAUGGCUUCUGAAUCUGAUGGUGCAUAUUUGGUAGAUUGGUGGUAUACGAACACUGCCUGCUCAAAUCACCUAAUUGGAAACAAACAAUGGUUAUUUGAUUUUGACUCUAGAAAGAGGACAAAGAUCAAAUGUGCUGAUGAUAAAUACCUCAACACUAAAGGUAUGGGAAAUGUCAAAGUCAAGGUAAAGAAUGGUAAAAUUGUUCUGAUCAAGGAUGUUUAGUAUGUUCCUGGCAUGAAUGUAAGUUUAUGCGCGGUCUUUAAGAUGGGGGUGAAUUAGAUUUAUUGGACUUUUCUCAAUUUGAAGCGUUAA